AUGGGCAUGAUAGCCAGUAAACUGGCUGUACGACUGUUACGUGCGGUUUCUGCCGGCAGUAGAAUGUCGACUUAUGAUGGAAAAAGGCUAUCAACUAUAGAUUUUGACUUCGACAUUCAAGUGCAUAAAAAGCGACUCACCGACCUCUUCUUUCCGAAUUCCUCUCGAGCUCCAAUUCAACGGGAUUCCUCUGAUUUCCCGGAUUUCUGGAAGUUUGCGGAAAAGCUUCAAUCCUUCUUGUUAAAUCAGUCUAACAGAUCAGAUUUCAACCACGGUAGCAGCCGGUACGACCGCGUGUUGCGUCUCAAUCUCCAGACACGUAACUACCGUUUGGAGGACUAUAUGCGCCAUCGAAUGGCCGAAGAUACGUCUCACCGACGUGCUAUUCUCUCCGACCGAAACCUCUUCGCCAUGCAUCUUAUCUUCGACAUGUACCUUGACUUCCUCAUGAAACAGAGGUGGGCCAAAAUAAAGCGCCUACAUCGUGACCGGGAGAACCUUCCAAUCGCAAGAUUUCGUGAGCCUCUGUUAAGCAAGCUAAUGCGACAGCAGGUGCUAGUAAUUGCUGGAGAUACGGGCUGUGGGAAGUCGACUCAGGUACCGCAGUAUCUAGCAGAUGCGAAAAAGACUGAGGAGGAGGUACUAUACAAACGUAUUGCUGUCACACAGCCGCGAAAAAUUGCCUGCAUUAGUCUGGCUGCGCGAGUGAGUACGGAGAUGCUCAGGGAGAAGGGCACCAAAGUAGGCUACCAGGUUCGCUUUGAAAGGCACAAAUCGAAGGCUACGCAGAUUCUCUUCCUCACCGAGGGUCUACUUCUCCGCCAGAUGCAGUCGGAUCCCUUCCUGAAGGAGUAUGACGCUAUUGUCCUUGACGAAGUGCACGAACGUCACUGGCAGACUGACUGUCUUCUGGGCCUAAUGAAGUGCCUUGUGGUGGCUCGACCAGAGGUGCGACUGAUACUUAUGUCUGCCACAAUCAAUGUCAAUCUCUUUGCCAACUUCUUCAACAACUGUCCCAUUCUGGAGGCAACUUUCUGCCAUCGCGAUCAAAAAUCGCUUCAAAAUGGUGGAAGGGCUGGUGAUGGAUUAAUUGAGUUUGAAGUUUCAGCUGCUGCCUCAAGUAUUAAAGCUGACCGUUUGCCAGGAGGUGGAAUUACGGAAAAUUGGAAGGCUCACAUGUGCCUUAGGCCAUUGUUGUUGUUUGUGCCGGGUCGUCUGUACCCAAUAACUCUCAAGUACUGCCCUCUGACUCCGGCCGAACAGGCUGCCUCGCUGGAGCGGAUUGACCCUGCGCCUUACGUUCGACUGCUUCAGCACAUCGACAACACCUACUCCAUCUCCGAGCGCGGUGACCUCCUUGUUUUCCUCUCCGGUAUGGCCGAGAUUCAGAUAGUGAUGGAGGCGUGUAAGGCCUACGCAGAACAGACAAAGCGCUGGAUCGUGUUGCCACUACACAGCGCUCUGCCCUCCUUCAGUCAGGAAAAGAUCUUUCAUACCCCGCCGGACGGCGUACGAAAGUGCGUUUUGGCCACCAACAUCGCUGAAACUUCGGUCACCAUCGAUGGAAUAAGGCAAGCUUUCGAAAUGAUUAACAGUGUUGUAUUUGAAUUCGUCGCCGACUCGGGUCGUGUCAAGGAGUUGACGUGGGAUGCGAUAUCCCGAAUGCGCCAACUUAAGGAGACGACCAUCUCGAAGGCAAGCGCCGACCAGCGCAAGGGCAGGGCGGGGCGCACUGGCCCUGGUGUCUGCUUUCGCUUCUUUAAGGAGGAGGAGUAUAACGAGUUUCAGCCCUUCACCACUCCAGAGAUUAAGAGAGUGCCUCUUGACUUGUUGACGCUUCAAAUGAUGGCAAUGGGACUGCCUGACGUGAAGCGGUUUCCUUUUAUCGAACCUCCAGAGACCAAGUCUUUAGACGAAGCCCUUGAGACCCUCGUGUCCCAUGGCGCCGCGACACGAUGGACGGAGGGCAACGGCGGCAAUGGAGAGAGAAUUGUAAUCACUCCUCUAGGUCGACUUUUGGCGGAGCUACCGGUGGAGCUGAGCAUCGGGCGGGUGUUGGUGAUGGCAUCGCUUUUCCGACUAGUGGAGCCGGUGCUCACCCUCGCCACCGGUAUGGCCGUCCAAAGCCCCGUGGGUGCAGCGCGCAGCGGCGAGUCUCGUCUUCGACAGUCGGAGGCCCUUCGACCCUUUGAAAAUGAUCAUGGCACUCCCUUCAUGAUUGCCGAUCUCUUUGAUGAGUGGUUGCAGAUCAAGUCCCGCUCAGCCGCUCGCGCCGGUCUCCUUCGCCGCGAAGAUUUGGAUGAAGCGGCGGAGGAUCGGCAAAAUGCCUCAGCACAGCGCUGGGUCCGGCGGUUGGGACUGGAGGAGCAGCGCCUUUAUGAGAUGGUACGUCUUCGCGGUCAGUUUCUCCAGCUGCUACGCGACGCCGGCCUCUACACGACUGGAGACAAGAGUGGUGACUCCGCUACAGUCGGUAGCAGCCAUAGGCGACUCCUGCAACAGGCGCGCCAUCGAGAACAUCUGAAAGGCAAGCGCAGGCGGAUGCUAACUCUACAGGACAACGAUGACGCCGAAAGCGGUAGAGACAGUGAUGCAGAGGAUGCGGAAAAUGAGGAAAACGGUAGUUUAAUCAGCGCCUCGAGGAUUUCCCGCCUGCACAGUUGGUUGCGUGGCCGUAAGGACGGUCGAAGAGCUGGCGACCUAGGGCCCUCAUUGGAGGGCACGGGAUUGUCAGUUCACGACCUCGAGUUAGUGCUGUGCCACGACCUUGAGGGACUCUCGCAGUGGGCCGACCACCAUCGCCGACGCACCCAUGGCGACCUUCUGUUACUCAAGGUUGUCCUCGCCGCUGGUCUCUACCCCCAGAUCGCGGUGCCCGACCCCGCCAACGCCUACCGUGUUGCCAACAGGGGUGGGGCCGCUGGACCUGGCGCUGAGAUGGUCUUUCACACUCCUACGAAAGCUUUCGUAGUGCUCCAGCCGAACGACGUUUUCGUGAAGCAGCCAGACUGUCUGUUUCCACGCAACCGUGAUCAUGAGGGCCUCGAGGGUGAGACCACCACCAACGGCAAACAUCCUGCUCCCACCUCCCAACCACUCCGACCGGUGCACAAGGCUAUUGGCAGUCAGUUUGCUACAGACCAUCAGCUUCUAAUCUAUCUUGAUCUGUUGGAGACAACAAAGCCUUUCCUGGUUAACACAAUCCGUGUUCCUGCUCUUUCAACACUGCUAUUGAAUGCUCGUGAAAUUGAUACCAACGCAAAUGCUACCAGGCUAGUGUUUGAUAGGUGGAUCGAGAUUGAGUUGUUAGAUCCGGAGGCUGCGCAAAGGUCUCUCGCUGCUGCGAUUUGGCUCCGAACUAGUCUUGAUCGUCUCCUCCAAAUCAAACUAGAAGAGUCACAGAAUCGUCGGCUAAGAGGUGCAGAGGAGAGUGGUGAGGACACCUUGUCGGAGAAGAAGGCGACAGAUCUCCCGGCGUCCUCCAUCGUCUGCUCGACUCGCGCCAGCAAACGCGCCUCAGAGUGGCGACGCUUACAACGACUGUUGUGCGAGCAUCUUGCGGCCUUUCUGGGCCAACAAACCUCCGGGCUGCAUACUCUGCGAAAACUGAGUGCCGUCGAUUCAAAAAACCUCUUUUGCGCAUCUUCUACUGACGGCAAUAACCAUGCCUCUCCAUCGUUUCCCUCUUCAGAAUCCAAUGUUGUUCGUAUUAAUCCUGAGAAGGGAGGAUUUCAGGUUACUCCAUUUCUCACUAUAAACUCAUUACGCGCAUUUGAACCACCGAAAGGUAAACUGUCGCAUGGUGUAAUUGCUGACAGUACUAAGGACCCGCAGAAUUCGGGGAGCGAGGUUGAAGAGGGUGGAGACGACGAUGCAACAACAACAAACCUGGCGUGUCUGGAUCUAGCUCUGCGUCUUCAUAGGCAGAUCGCGUUGGCACGGGAGGCAGGACGUGGUGGAAAGCCUCCGCAACAUUCCGAAGCGCAGACGCCUAAAAGUGAAGAGAGAGGAGAAGACGGAGGCGAAUUCAUCGAAGAAGAUCAAGACGUGAAUAGAUGCGAGCGUUGUGGUAAACGCCUCCCCAUCAAACCUUCGGCCACUGACCUUCUGAGGCAUAAGAAGCACUGUAAAGAGGGGGCACCGCCAAUACCUGUGUUUGAAUCUAAAGUUACCUUCUUGCGUCAAAACCCGCCUACCACUAUUAAUAAGGAAUGCACAAGUGCCCUCCUAUAUGACAAUAACGACCUUAAGUUAGACGCCCUCAUCUGA